CGGCCCAUGGGCCAUAGGCGGUACAGGGAGGGGAGAAAGGGGAAGUCGCCGUGGAAGGGGAACGGAGGCAGCCAAGAGUAGACGAACGGGACCAGCUCGCCGCCGCCGCCGCCGCCGUCGCCGUCGAUGCUGCCGUUCGAGGAGCAGGCGGUGGCGGACCUCCUGGAGGACCCCAACGGAGGGCUGGUGGUGGUCUCCUCCGGCCUCCCGCUCGCCUCCCUCGCCGCCGCGCUCCUCCUCCACCUCCACCACCAAUCCACAUCCUCCUCACCCUCCGGCGGCGGCGGCGGGGGCGGCGGGGGCGGCGGAUGCUUCCUCAUCCUCUCCGCCCCGGACGCCCUCAGGGACCAGAUCCGGCGCCGGCUCGUCGAGUCCCAGCUCCUGCAGGUCCACGACGUGGCCUCCGACGUCCCCGCCGCCCACCGCCGCGCGCUCUACGCCUCCGGGGAGGGCGCGGCGCUCUUCCUCACCCCGCGCGUGCUCGCCGCCGACCUCCUCACCGCCCACCUCCUCCCGUCCCGCGUCCGGGCGCUGCUCCUCCUCGCCGCGCACCGCUCCUCCGACACCUCCGCCGACGCCUUCAUCGCGCGCCUCCUCCGCCAGCGCCGCCUCCUCCCCGUCUACGCCUUCUCCGACCGCCCCCAUGCCAUGGUCGCCGGCUUCGCCAAGGCCGAGCGCACCAUGAAGAGCCUCUACGUCCGCUGCCUCCACCUCUGGCCCCGCUUCCACGUCCUCGCCGCCGCCGACCUCGAGCGCUCCCCGCCGGAGGUCAUCGACGUCCGCGUCCCCAUGACGCACCCCAUGGCCGGCAUCCAGGCUGCCAUCCUCGACGCCAUGGACGCCUGCCUCAAGGAGCUCCGGUGGACCUACAAGGUCGAUGUCGAGGACCUCACCAUUGACAAGGGCCUCUUCAAGUCCUUCGACGAGAUUGUCAGGAGGCAGCUCGACCCCAUCUGGCACACCCUCGGCAAGAAGACCAAGCAGCUUGUCGCCGACCUCAGGACGCUACGCAAGCUGCUCGAUUACCUUGGCAGGUAUGAUGCCGUGACAUACUUGAAGUAUCUGGACACUCUGAGAGUGUCUGAAGGCGUUCGAUCGGUUUGGAUGUUGGCUGAAUCAAGCCACAAGAUAUUUGAGCUUGCGAAAAGGCGUGUUUACCAGAUUGUGAGACCGGAUGGCACAAGGGUUUCAAUUGCCAAGGGCACGCCAACGAAGAAGAGGAAGGUGACACCCAGUAGUAGCAAGAAAGGAAAAGAAACUGAAAACGAGGAUAACGCUCCUAACAAGGAUGAUGCUCAGAAGGUAAAUGCAGUGGCUUCCUUUGUACUAGAGGAGGUUUUGGAGGAAGCACCAAAAUGGAAAGUAUUACGGGAACUGUUGCAAGAGAUAGCCGAAGAACAGAGAAAGGAAGAUGGUGUCGUACCUGAAGAUGAAAAUAAUGAAUGUGGCAUAGUCUUAGUAGCAUGCAAAGAUGAGCGCUCAUGCUUGCAGCUGCAGGAAUGCAUAUCGAGAACUCCCCAGCAGGUUAUGCGAGAGGAGUGGGAGAAGUACUUGCUUGGGAAAGCCGAGCUGUUCGGAUUACAUAAAAAGAAGAAGAAACGAUCUCAGCAACCAAAAGGGUUUGGUGUCCUGGAUGGGGAAUUUCCGACAGGGUCUAAUGAGAAUGAGAAUGCAGGGCCAGUAAGCAUUAGCAAGCUUGAGACUAAUGCCUUACUUGCUGCCGCCUCUGGUAUAAGUAAUUUAACUAAGGAAGCAGAUGCCAAGGAGGAUUCAGUUCCCAGCUGCAGCAAGAAAGGUUCUGUAAAGGGAAAAGGAAAAGGAAAGGGGGUACCAAAGAAAACCCUGACAAAGAGACAAGCCAGUAAAAGGAAAAAUAAAAGUACUACAGAAAAUGAUAAUGGUCAAGGUACUGAUGUGGAAGCAUCAGGCAAAACAGAUGAACAGUCUGACAUUAAUGUCUCUAAGGUGUCUGUCGAAGAUGCUCCUGCUCCAGCCUCCACUGUUGACAAUGUUGACGACUUGAUUGAUGCCAAAAUGCUGCCUCCUGUGCAGUUUUAUGCCCUAGACAGUGACCAGCAUGUACUAGACAUAUGGAAACCAUCCGUAAUUAUUGUCUAUCAUCCAGACAUGACCUUUGUCAGAGAAAUUGAGGUAUACAAGGCAGAAAACCCAUCAAAGAAGUUGAGAGUUUACUUCCUUUUUUAUGAGGAAUCUUCUGAGGUGCAAAAGUUCGAGUCCAGCAUCCGCCGGGAAAAUGAAGCAUUUGAAUCAUUGAUCAGACAGAAGUCCCUGAUGAUGAUACCUGUUGAUCAGAGUGGCCGUUGCAUUGGACCAACUCCGGCAAAUGAACCAGAACCUCUUUUGUCUCAGAAUUCACUGACAAGAAAGGAAGGUGGUAGAAAGCCAACAGGGAAGGAUAUGCAGGUUAUUGUAGACAUGCGGGAGUUCAUGAGCAGUCUUCCCAAUGUACUGCACCAGAAGGGUAUUCGAAUUAUACCGGUGACCCUGGAAGUUGGCGACUAUGUUCUUUCUCCCUUGAUAUGUGUUGAAAGAAAAAGUAUCGCAGACUUGUACCAGAGCUUUGCUUCUGGUCGUCUCUACAACCAGGUCGAGACCAUGAUUAGGUAUUACAAGAUCCCGGUACUUCUGAUAGAGUUCUCGCAAGAUAAGAGCUUCUCCUUUCAGGUAUUUUUCAUGCUAAUUUCUUAUAUACAGAUGGUCUUUACACAAGGACUGUCCUAUUCGUCUGCAAGUGAAGUUGGGGAUGACGUGUCUCCGACAAACAUAAUCUCGAAGCUGUCACUGCUAGUCCUGCAUUUCCCCCGGCUGCGCAUCGUGUGGUCCCGCAGCCUGCACGCGACAGCGGACAUAUUCAUGUCGCUGAAAUCAAACCAGGACGAACCUGAUGAGAACAAGGCGAUGAGGGUGGGUGUGCCGUCGGAGGAUGGGGUUGUGGAAGACGACGUGAGGGCCGAGAACUACAACACAUCCGCGAUCGAGUUCCUGAGGAGGCUCCCUGGCGUGACGGACUCCAACUACAGAGCGAUAAUGGACGGAUGCAAUAGCCUGGCGGAGCUCGCGCUGCUACCGGCAGAGAGGCUGGCGGAGCUGAUGGGCAGCCAGAAGGGCGCGCGCACGCUCAAGGAGUUUCUGGACGCUAAGUGUCCCAGCAUGAUCUCGUAGCAGAGCAUCAAACUCUACUGGUCUGGUGAAGUGAGCUCUUGGAAGAGGAGUUCUUGUUGUGAACUAUGGGUGUUCGGAGAUCGUACUCGUCAGGAUUGUAGUGCUAGGCUAUUUGGUAGUGUAAGGAGGACUGGACUGGCAAUUGGGUAAUUGAAUUCCAUCCAAAUCCAAUGGCAAAUAUAUGUGAUUGCUCUUAGGAAAGCUGGCUUAAUGAUGCUGUAAAUAGAUUUGGCUUGAGCAGGUUAGAGUUGAGUAAAAGCUGUGGAACAAAAUGAUCUUGAUCUCUCAAAACUUGUACUGUACUUUUAAAUGGCAAAAAUUGAACACAAAUGAUCAAGAAUGUUUUGUAUAA